UUUACAGUUCCGGGUCAUACGUCAACAAAUAUGGCUGCGCCUUAGUCAAUGUGACUCCUCGAUAACCAAAAAAAAAUAUUUUCAGAUAUUCCGUUUAUCUCAGGAGUACCGCCUUGUGGUGGUCGUAUAAUCCCAGCGGGAAAUCACCGUAGGCUCGUCAGGUGUUGCUGACGAAGAAUCCAACAUGGUUCAUCUUACACCUUCGUUGCUGAGACAUUACCACGGAGGGCAUGUUGUGAUCCGUCUGGCGCUGGGUGGCUGCACCAACAGACCUUUCUACCGAAUUGUGGCCGCUUACAACAAACGGGCCCGGGACAGCAAGUACAUCGAGCAGCUGGGAUCGUACGACCCGCUUCCCAACAUCUAUAACGAGAAACUCGUCAGUUUCAGCUUCGAGAGAAUCAAGUACUGGAUCGGCUGUGGCGCCCAUCCCACUAAACCUGUGGCGAAGCUUCUUGGGCUGUCUGGGUUUUUCCCUCUUCAUCCCAUGACUGUGACAGAGGCAGAGCGCCGCAGGAAGAGAGCAGCUCACAGAGAGGAACAGACACAGGCUGGUGAGGAGCAGGACGAGGCGAAACUGCAGGAGGUCUAGGGCCUGCCUGAGCUCUGACCAGCAGCCUUAGUGCCAUGGUCUCAUUUCCUAUGGGAGGAAGUCUCCCGCGCUGUCCUGGCAGACUGCUGCUGUCACCGAGACAACCACUGACUGACUGACUGCUCUGAUCUGCAAGUUUCCUGGACUCUUCAGGCAAAAUCAUACUUUGUAAAAAAAAAAAAGUGUUGUUUGUAUGGCAAUAAAUGUGCAUCUCUAGCCUUUUUCAAAAAGAUUUCAAGAAUACUGUUUUCAAGAUGCUAGUUCAUGUGCUUUCCUCUAGAGUAAAGGCAAGUGUCGACUGGUGAGAAUCCUGCAGAGUGAAGUUUAAGAAGAUAAGAAUGAAGGCCAUGAGACAGCAAUGCUGAGUGCUAUACUGCCAUGUCAGCUGCUUUUUUCAAACUGAGGACAUAUUUAACUCGUUACAGUCUACACAUGGGUAGCAGAAUAGAUUCCUACUUCUGUUCAAACAGUAGAGUAGGUUCUCUUUCAUUUUUCCUGAUUACAUAGUACUACUACUAC